AUGCAUUUUGGAGGAGAGAGAGUGUCUGGCGAUUCAGGGGAGAAUGGAGCUAUGGUUGUGGAGGAUGACGAUGGUGGAGCUCGGGAGUCUCUGGAUCGUGGUCCAGAUGGUCCUCCACAGGAUGAAAGGCAAAAGGAUGCAGGCCAGCGACGUACAUAUGCAAAAGCCUUGGGUUUUUCAUCUUGGCCUGCCAUUGACACUCUCCCAGAGCCGAUUCAGGUAGGGAGUAAAAGACGAGUAAUGAUCCCGCAGAGAGACUAUGAAUUGAAGAGACAAAAUUUUCGUUUUGCCUUAAUCGGUAGGGUUAACUUCCGAUUGAUCUCUUUGGAUGGUUUGAGAGCGGAGGCUCGGGAAAAAUGGAACCUCAGUCAAGGGGUGCUUAUGCAUCCCUUGGGAAAAGGUUAUGUAAUUUUUCAAUUUCAGUGCGAGGGCGACAAGGCAGCGGUGUGGCGAAGGUCUCCCCUUAGGAUUGGUGAUCAGGUCAUUCGAUUUCAACAUUGGAAACCUGAUUUUAAUAUUCACGAGAAGCAACUUCUCACAAAGCUUGUAUGGAUACGGUUUCCUGAUCUCCCGCUUGAAUACUGGCACGAAAAUGUGUUAUUGUCUAUAGCAAAGGCAGUAGGGCGCCCUGUGUCCCUAGACAGACGAACAAGACAAGGCAUUCUUGGCUUCUUUGCGAGAGUGCUGGUGGAGGUUGAUAUCUCUGACUUGGCAGAGAGGGUGGAGGAAGUACAGGUGGAAAGAUUAGAACCAGGUACAUCUCAGGUGUAUGGUUUCUGUCAAAAGGUGGUGUAUGAAGAUAAUGUGGAGCGUUGUGGAUACUGUAAACGAGUCGGACAUUUGAUUUCCAAGUGUAGGCUGAAAAGAUUGGAUGAUGAAAAGCAAUGUGCGGCUGAUAAAUUAGCAAAGGUUCCAGGGGCGGUAUAUGUUGAAGAUGGAGUCAACUCAGGAAAGGAGUCCAACGGAGAUGAAAAUUAUGGAAUUAAGGAAGGCUUUGUGUCAGGGACGGUUAUAGAAUUAGAGUCUGAUUCUAAUCCUAUAAAUCAGGAAGGAGAGAUUUCUAAUAUUCUACCUAAGGAAGGAGAGGUAUUUCGAAUGGAUGAGGGAUCGGAUGUUGACUCUGAUCCAAACCCAACUGAGAACCCGCUCCAUGGAGUUCCUGGUGAUCCGCCAGUGGAUCCAUUGGGGGGGAACGAACCCAGAAUGGGGCUUACUCCUGUGGGCGAGGUUGCUGUUCCGGAGGGGAGGUAUCCUUCUCGUUAUAGAAGGCUCGGUGGGGGUCAAGGACCGGGACGUGGUGUUGCCAUGGCCAGUGCUAUGCAGCCAGUUGUUGAAGACCCUGGUGAGGAUCAUGUGGUUUCUUCUUUUCCCAGGGUGGAAUGUUCAAGGGGAACAGUCUCUAUUGUGCAUUCAGAAAUUAUAAGAAUGGAUACGGUGGCAGUGGCUCGGGAGAAGGAGGCCGGAGGUAUGCUUGAGGGUGGAAAGCAAAGAAAGAAAACAGGUAGUCAGGCUAAAAAGUCUGAUAAAAAUCAAUUCUCUAAGAAGCAAUUGUGGUUAGAUUUGGAGUUGCCGAUAUCAGCUUUGGUUCCGUGGUCUGUGAUGGGGGAUUUCAAUGCAACCCUGUUCUCGCAUGAGAAAAGAGGUCCUGGUAAGUUUAAUCUUGGAUCAGCUGCUGAAUUCCAGGCAAUGGUUGAUGCGUGUGAAUUGCUUUCUAUCCCUUCUCAGGGAAAGAAAUUCACUUGGACUAAUAAUCGUCGAAGGGGUCAUGCAGUUGCAGUGUUGGAUCGGAGUUUUUGUAAUGGGAAGUGGAUAGAUGUGUUUAGAAAUGUGAAGCAGCGUGUUUUGUUGUCUUCGGUAUCAGAUCAUGCCCCUUUAAUUGUUGUCUCUGAUGAUGUUCAAAGACCUACAAAUAUCCCCUUUAGAUUCCAUAGCUUUUGGAUGGAAAAUGAUCAAUUUAUCUCUGUGGUUGAGGAAGCUUGGAAAACUUCGAUAGGGGGUAAUCCAAUUUUCGUUCUGGCACAAAAAUUAAAGCAGGUCAAGGAGAAUUUAAAGGUUUGGGCGAGGGCCAAUUUUCCUAACCUGAAUGAUGAGGUCGAUAAAGCAAAGCUGGAAUUAAAGAAGGUUCAAGAUAUGAUAGAGGUGGCUGGGAUGAAUGAUGAAUUAUUUAACAGAGAGGCAGAUGCAAAAACAGUAUUAUUGAAGGCCAACCAAAUGUACGAGAAGUUGUGGGCUGAAAAAGCUAAACUGAGAUGGAUGAAAAAUGGAUAUUGUAACUCGAAGAUUUUUCAUCUCUCCGUGAAGCUUAGGAGGUUGAAAAAUCAGAUCACCUCCCUAAAAAAGGAAGAUGGAACUUGGGUUUCAGACCAACAGGGAAUAUCGUUAUAUGUCGCUGAUUUUUUUGAGAAAUUUCAUGAGGCUGAUGAAAUCACGGUUCAUAAUGACCUUCUUGAUAAUAUUCCCAGAGUGUUGGAGGAGGAGGACGUGGCAGGAUUGGAGAUUGUCCCGAGUGGGGACGAAAUAAAACAAGCUGUUUGGGAUUUAGAUCCUGUAAGCUCUCCAGGUCCUGAUGGGUUCCCAGGUAGUUUCUUCAGGCGAUGUUGGACUAUUGUUGAGGGUGAUUUUUGCAGGGCAGUGAAAAAAUUCUUUGAGGAAGGGCGGCUUCCUAAAGGAAUAAAUAACUGCUUUAUUUCCUUGAUCCCCAAAGUUGAGGGGGCGGCCUCUCUAGAUAGGUUUCGACCUAUAUGUAUGGGGAAUUUUUAUUGCAAAGUGAUAUCAAAAAUUCUAUCUUCAAGAUUACUUGUUGUUUUGCCUAAAUUGAUUUCGGAAGAGCAAGGCGCUUUCCAGCAGGGUAAAAUAAUUUCAGCAAAUAUCAGCCUCGCCUCAGAACUGUCAAAUUUGAUGCAUUCUUCAGUUAGGGGUGGUGGAAUGGGUCUGAAGCUCGAUGUUCAAAAGGCAGUAUCAAUUUUGGUGAACGGUGGCCCGGUGGGGUUCUUUGGGGUUGGUAGAGGUCUCCGACAAGGAGAUCCUUUGUCUCCCUUUCUAUUUAUUCUGGCAGAAGAGGUUCUCUGUAGAGGUCUUAGAAGCAUGGUUCAGAAUGGUUUGAUAAAGUCUCUUCCUGGGCCUUGA